AUGGUCAACACCACCUUGAUGACAAGUUUCCUUCUCAUGGGGUUUGCUGAGGACCCCGAGAUGCAGACACUCUGUGCUGUGCUCUCUCUGCUGAUGUACCUGGUGGCCCUGAUGAGUAACCUUCUCAUUGUCACUGUCCUUACCUUGGACUCGCAGCUCCAGACACCCAUGUACUUCUUCCUGAAGAACUUGUCCUUGCUGGAUGUCUCCCUGGUGUCUGUGCCAGUCCCAAAGUUCAUCCUCAACAGUCUGACUCACAGCAACUCCAUUUCCCUUCCGGGCUGUGCCUUCCAGCUCCUUUUAAUAACAUCCUUCUCAGCAAGUGAGACAUUUAUCCUGACUGCCAUGUCCUAUGACCGCUAUGUGGCCAUCUGCUGUCCCCUGCACUAUGAGACCAUCAUGAGUGCCCAGGCCUGUGUGAUGAUGGCAGGAGCUUCCUGGGCUUUGGGGGGACUCUUUGGAGCCUUGUACACUGCUGGUACAUUUUCUGUGCCCUUCUGUGGCUCCAGUGUAAUCCCAGAGUUUUUCUGCAACAUUCCCUCCUUACUCAAGAUUUCCUGCUCUGACACACUCCUGGCGAUCUAUCCCAGCAUGGGAAUAGGACUGUGUCUGGGCCUGUUUUGUUGUGUCUGCAUUGUGUUCUCCUAUGUUCACAUUCUCUCCGCUGUGCUGAGGAUUCCACCCAGGAAAAGUCAGUCUAAAGCUUUCUCCACGUGUCUCCCUCAUCUUGUUGUCUUCACCAUUUUUAUGUUAAGUGCACUCAUGGUUUACCUGAGGCCACCUGCAGAUACACCUCCAGUUAUUGACAGGCUGCCUUCUGUGAUGUACACUGUGCUGCCUCCCAUCCUGAAUCCGGUCAUCUACACCCUGCGAAAUGGUGACAUAAAAAGGGGUCUGAGGAAGCUACAAAACCAUCUGCCAAGAAAGAAGAGGAACCUGAUGAUCUGGCUGCUAUCUACUCACUGUUCAAGACUCUUGUGA